AUGAGGAUAGCCAAAUUAGCUUUCGGAUUUGCUACUGUUGCCAACAGAGCAGCACAUAGCCAAGUGACCAAGCGUUACUGUGAUCCGGAAACGUCGAUAUGCUACUCUGGAUGGACUGGUACUAAUGGCAUCACGUUUGGUCUCGCUUUGCCUGAGUCAAAAAUUGCACCUUUCGAUACCGUCCUGCAAAUUGUUUCACCUAUCAAGAAUGGGUGGGUAGGGUUUAGCUGGGGUGGAACGAUGCCAUAUGUUCCACUUACGGUCGGAUGGAUGAACAGUGCAUCCAACACAUCCAUUUAUAGCUCGCGAAUGGCUUUCGGUUUGAGUCUACCACAGCCCUAUGCUGAUAUAGAGUACUCGUACAUCAAAGGAACCGGGUACAACACAACUCACUGGACUUUGACCGUGCGGUGCAAGGGCUGCUCGCAAUGGCACGACGUGGAUGGUAAUCUGGUUUCAAUCGAUGCAAAUGCAUCUGCGCAAAAGUUCGCUUAUGGCUUGUCGAGCAAACUGCCCGCUCAGCCAGCGAACAACAGGUCUACUUUCAACGUGCAUAGUUCCUUCGGAAACUACAGAAUCGAUCUCACGCAAGGCCAGAAUGCAGACUUUGACGAGCUAGUCGCUGCAAAUCUUGUCGAUGAUGCUCCGACAGUAUCAAGUAGUGUCUCCAUACCGAGCUCGACUAUCAGCUUACGACCAACGACCAUGAGUACCAGUACUACAUCUUCGAGCUUGUCCGAACCAACAUCAACAGGAGUACCCUUAGUCUGCCCUGAUGUUGGUAAACUUGCAUUCCCCAUUAGCACUGCGAAAGGAUGGAAAGCUACAAAGGUAGCAGGAGACCUGAUCCAACCAAGAGGGCUGAUCUUUGACACUCUAGGUAAUCUCCUCGUUGUACAAAACGGUUUGGGUAUUACGGCUCACAGUGUCACGCCAAACGGCUGCCUUGCCUCGUCAAAGACUCUCAUCCCUCAGCGGAAUCUCAACCAUGGCAUUGCGCUUAGCCAUGAUGGGAAGACCCUGUACGCUAGCUCUGCGACCUCGGUGUUUUCAUGGACAUACGACGCAAAUACCAUGAGUGUAUCAAAGAACUCUACAACAAUUCUGACUGGAAUGGACAGUAGAGGACAUGUUACAAGGACGCUCUCAUUCCCACCACAACAUCCAAAUCUUCUAAUUGUGUCUCACGGGUCUAACGACAACUUCGACUAUGGCUCGGCCGAUAUACAAACCGGUCGAUCAUGCGUCAAAGUCUUCGAUACCACCACUAUUCCUGAAAAUGGUUACGACUAUCCAACCGGCGGCUAUCAGAUGGGUUACGGACUCCGCAAUGAAGUCGGGCUAGCAUUUGAUGCUGAAGGUAUGCUUUGGGGCGUUGAGAAUUCUUCUGACGAGCUGCAUCGUACCAUUGACGGGGUAUCUGUGGACAUCCACACUGAUAAUCCAGCUGAUGAGAUCAACUACCUGGGUGACCCCUCGAAAGAAAACACAAACUGGUAUGGGUACCCGACUUGCUACACCGUCUUCAACUCAGAAUCCAUCACCGACAAAAAGUUUGCAAUGGGUGAUCAAUUUGUCUUGGAGCCCAACGCCACUUUCACAGAUGAUACGUGUAUGACACGGAGUAUGCCGCCUCGCCUUGCUCUUCCAGCUCACUCUGCACCCCUUGACGCGGCUUUCGAUGGGAAUUUCACUAGCAUGUACAUUACCAUUCACGGGUCCUGGAACCGCAGUCCUUCAGUUGGAUACAAGAUCAUCCAAGUCCCUUUCGCGAACAGUGCCCAUGGAUUCGGACCAAAAGCGGCCUUGAACAGCACGCAUUCUUGGACUGAUAUCUUCUGGAAUCCGGACGUGGAUCACUGUUCAACUACACAGUGCUUCAGACCCGUGAGUAUUGCGCAGGACAAGUACGGCCGGAUGUAUGUUACUAGUGACAGUGGAGCGGAAGGAGAGAUGAUAGUUUUGGGAAAGGAGUAG